AUGCAACCAUUAUUAAAAUAACCUCUUCAUCUUUUAUUGGCAUUUUAGCAACCAAAACACAAAAAUGUAAUGCAAAUUGUUAAUUUGAUCAUAAACUAAUUAUAAUAAUCGAAAACAGAAUAUUUGACUAUCUAUGAUUAAUUUGGAAUUCUGGAAUUUAAAUAAUACAAAGUUGGACAAUUAAAUAUAAAAAGUGAAAAUCAAAAAAUGUUUGAUGACAAAUUGUAUGAUUUCUAUUAAUCCUAAAAAUAAUUGCAAGAUUACUUUUUUACAAAAUAGUUUCCUUAAUAAUAUUUCAUUCCUUAAGCCAUAAUUUUUUCAAAGAAAUGUUUUCUACUUGGAUUACCAUUUGAAUAUUUGAAAGGUGGUGAAAUUCAAUUUUGUGACAUAGACUAAUUUGACUUAAAUAAAUUAUAUGAGUAAAUUUUAUUUUAUAUGAGGAGGAUUUAUCUAAAAUAUGCAUAAAUAGAACAAAGAGAAGGAAAAUGA